AUGGGACGAUGGUUUGGUGCAUCCCUUCCCUACAAGAAUGAACACUCGGACAUCAUAUCAGAACCACUGCACCAUCAGUUGGAGCCCAUGUCCAGUAUCAUCACUACUGGUUCCAGUACUACCGGCUCACUACCACUUCCCUCCUUUUAUCAACAGUCGCCCAUUCAGUCCACUACAACCCAGUCAUUCUUUAACACAACCAACACUUUUGGCUCACCCUCUCUAUUGCAUCGUUUAGAGCCCAGUCCUCCAACUUUGCCUAAUGUCUCCACUUUCUACUCAAGAGAUUUCAUUUACGUUAUGGACAGCACCGGUAAAUCACCACAAAUGUCCUCUUCUAACACUGUUAACGGAUCCAAUUGUGGCGCUAAUAAUAGCAACAAAAAUGCCAACAAUUCUAACACUGCUAACAAGAAAAAGAAAACCAGGACAACCUUUACGUCCUAUCAAUUGGAAGAGUUGGAGAGAGCCUUCCAAAGGGCUCCCUAUCCGGACGUAUUCGCUCGCGAAGAACUCGCCCUAAGACUCAACUUAAGUGAAUCCAGAGUUCAGGUCUGGUUUCAGAAUAGGAGAGCCAAAUGGCGGAAGAGAGAGCCGCCGCGUAAGUCAUUCCUUCACCCGACUCCAGGCGCCGCAUCCAAUUUGGCCUCUUUGACCAAAUCCUUGGCACCCAAUCUCAACCCUAUAUCUCAUAACAACACCAACUCAAUCACACCAAUGCAAAACUCUUUUGACAACAACUGGACGUCAUUUCCUAAUUACGAUUUCAAUGCAUUUCCGUCCACAACAUCUCCACUCAAUUCCUGCGGUUUCUAUAACUCGAAAAAGUCGGCUGAAAUGGAGACCAGAGAGGAGCCAACCAUUGAUGUCGAGUCGUCGUGUACCAAAGAAUUUCUAAAAGACGUCGACAGACAGCUCGGGGAACACAACAAAAGGAUGGCUUUAACUCAAUGGGCAUUCAGUACAGACAUCAACGAUGAAAACGAGAAACGAGUCGUCGAAGAGACGGCAAAGUCAAACAUAUUCCAGAAGGAGCUCUGGAGAAAUGCCACUCAAUUUGAUUUCAAAAACUUUGCCGAUUAUAGCGUCAGAAGACAGUUUGAAAAGCUAUCGGUUUUAGGUAUCGCCGCUUUAGAAGAAUCAGAAUCCAAACGAUUCACAAAUGUCUCGACUGAGAUGGAGAAAAACUAUGGAAGCGCUACGGCGUGUGUUAAAGGCAAAUGUAAUCUAGAAUUAGAACCAGACCUGACCAAUAUAAUGGCUAAAUCCAGAGAUUAUGAGGAAUUGAAGGAGGCGUGGAUUAACUGGAGGGCCAGUGCGGGCAAACCAGUCCGAGAAUUAUACAAAGAAUACGUGCGUUUGGGUAAUAAGGCUGCCGUGAAAAAUGGUUUCAAAACACUGGACGACUUGUGGCUCUUUCCGUGGGAAACGCCUGACUUCAAGGAACAGAUGGAGAACUUGUGGCAAGAGAUGGAAGGGCUCUACAAAAAACUGCACACUUUUAUAAGAAUGAAACUCAGAAAACAUUAUGGGGAUCAUAUGCCAACCGAUGGCACUAUUCCCGCACAUAUAUUGGGCAAUAUGUGGGCACAAUCCUGGGGAAAUAUUCUGGAUCUCGUGGUCCCAUAUCCUAACAAGAAAUCAGUUGAUAUAACUGAUACUUUGAAAUCGGAUAUGUGCACCGAUAUCACGAUGGAAGAGCUCAUUACUAUCCACCACGAGAUGGGACACAUUGAAUACUACCUCCAGUAUAAGGACCAACCAGUGGUCUUCAGAGAGGGGGCUAAUCCGGGUUUUCACGAAGCGGUGGGCGAUCUAUUAGCGCUGUCGGUGUCAACGCCGGGACAUCUCAACAAAGUGGGUCUUUUCAGUCCUCUGGUAGAUGAUCACGAAACCACUCUUAACUAUCAGAUGUCAAAAGCAUUAGAAAAGAUUGCAUUUUUGCCAUUUGGUUAUCUCAUGGAUCUUUGGCGUUGGGAUGUUUUCUCAGGAAAGACCAGUUCUGAUGAAUUGAAUAAGAAGUGGUGGGAAUUGAAAAUCAAAUAUCAAGGAAUUUCACCACCAAUUAAAAGAUCUGAAAAAGAUUUCGAUGCCGGCGCUAAAUACCACAUAUCGGCUGGAGUUGAAUAUAUUAGAUAUUUCGUGUCUUUCAUAAUCCAAUUCCAGUUUCAUAAGGCAUUGUGUGCGAAGGCACAGCCAGGCGUUCCCCUCUAUAAGUGUGACAUCGAUGGUAACAAAGAAGCCGGCAAUAAAUUGGCUGAAGCUCUCAAACUGGGAUCAUCCAGACCUUGGCCUGACGUCAUGGAGAUCCUGACCGGAAGUCGACAUAUGAGUGCUAAACCUUUGGUUGAAUAUUUUGAUCCUCUCGUGAAAUAUAUUGAAAAUGAAAUUCAAAACGAGACAAUUGGUUGGACUAUCGAUGUGAAUCAAUACAUGGAAGAGUCGAGUGAGACAUCCAAACCGGAGACAAAUGAUUUGGAGACAAGAAUUGAAACAUUAGAGAAAAACAAUCAGUUAUUAAACAACAGAAUUACAAAACUUGAGGAAGAAUUGAUUGAACAGAAAAAAGUAAUCCAAGUGUUGACUGUUAAUAAAACUACACUGCAAUCAUAA